UGCUGUUUUCCCGCGUGCAGAACUCCCAGUAUUUGGUGAAAGACUAUAUGUUGUAAAAAUCUUCCAAACUCUUUCUUUUUUCUCCGGUUUUUUGGAUCUUUUUUGGGGAUCCUGGAGUGGAUGUAUGCAACUGUGAGGACUUUUCCCUCCGUGUUCUGGUGAUCCGGUCCCUGUUCGGCAGGUUUGGACCGCUGUUUAACAGAAUUUAGAUCUGUGGUUGGAGGUUUUACAGCAAAAACAAGUUAGCUCAACAGCUAAUCCUCAAAGUCCCGAGCGGCUUUAAAGAGUCGCCGCCGGAGGUAAACAGCCCGCUGGGGUUGAAGUUUACCCGCUAACCGAACUUUAUCCUCGGUGUUUACAGAUUUCACGUCGGUUCGACGUUUUUCUGUUUACGCGAAGCACCAGCUGGUUCGCUUCUGUGGGGAUAAAUGUCGCUCAGGUCCGCGUCCCCUCUCAGAACCGGAGGGUUUCUGCGCUGGAAAAUGCGAUAAAGCGCCGCGGCUCCGGUGUUGUGUCCGCUGACGCGGCGGCUCUGCCUCUGCUGCCAGUGAGGCCUGCAGGUCAGGCUUCCGCCGGGCUACAGUACAGCCCCCAGCCGCAGUAGGAGUGUCAGAGGUCGGCUCAGCACGCAGCCAGCGCUGGGCCCGCGCGCGGAGGAAUGGAACGGAUGGAAGUGGACCAAUGCGCAGGCGCAGGAGGCGGGGCCCUUCGCAGAUCCAACAGCGCCCCCAUGAUAACUAACGUCAGUGACGGGAUGACCGUGUUCAGCCCGGUGUCCUCGGCCCGGUACAGGCGCAGCAGUGUGUCCAUCAACCCGUCACAGGUCGUCCCCUUGUCUCCUUUCUCUCUGGGCGGAGACAGACUGGACCACAAGAGGCCGGAGGAGAACAUGGAGGGGAUGCAGCGCGGGAACAUGCAUCGACUCAGUCCGUCCCGUCUGGUUCCAGCUCCUCCAGUCAGCCACUGGCAUGGCCACACCUCCACGUGGAGCCCGUCUCAGGACAGCGGCGUGACGCCCAACUCGUCCCCCAGUCCCACGCGGAGGUUCAGACCCGCGGUCAGCGCCAGCGUCAGAUGGCCUGUGCUGACGCCGCUGAAGAGGAAAGGCGGUGUGGACUCAGACGGACCUCCGAAGAAGCUUUUUGUUGCCGGGGUAACAGACCCCUCCCACCGCAGCAGCAGCUACACCGUCAGUGUCUCGCAGUCGUCGCUGGAUUCUCCGCCUGUAGGGGGCAGCGGUCUUCAGCCCCGCCCACUCUCUCUGUCUCCUCCUCCCGCCUUCACCCCCCACCAGCACCAGGGACACUAGAGCUCCACCUGUGGCACCAGCAGGACCAGCAGCUUCACCGCACCUUAUUUUCUACCCAAUCAUUUGCCAGAAUCACUGUAAGCCCUGCCUCUUCCUGCAGACAUGUUGGACAGACACCCUCAGCCCAGAACCCAGCUCU